AUGGCCUUCUCUUUCAGCCGGAGAGGAAGACAGGAAAUGAGGAGGACGGAGCGCGACGGCAGAGUUGCGGGCGAAUCUCCGAAACCUGUGGCCAAUGUCGACUCGGUGUUAAUCGAAAACACUCAUCUUAUCGCCCCCGCGCUCGCGGUGCUGCGCCACGCCGCCGACUCGCAGCGCCUGGACGUGGCGCGGCUCAACGCCCUCGUACGCCUGACGGAUCUGUUGUUGAGCGAGAGCAAGCGGUACAACCUCACGGCGAUCCCCACGCGCGACGCCGUGCUGCUCAAGCACGUCGUUGACGCGCUGAGCCUGCCACCGGCGCUGGACGCGGAGGCCGCUGCCGCGCCCGGCGCGCUGCGCGUCGUCGACAUCGGCACGGGUGCGGGGUUCCCGGGGCUCGUCCUGGCCAUCGCGAGACCGCAGUGGGACGUCACGCUGCUCGAGGCCGCGCGCAAGAAGACGCGCUUCCACGACCUCGUCAGGCGCGACCUGGCCCUGCCCAGCGUCGCGUCCGUGUGGGAGGAGGGCGGAGGACGCCGGGUAGAGUCAGAUGCAUCGGGGACGGUAUGA